AUUCUGGGUUUCCCCGCUGACUCAAAAAAGACCAGUUCAGCGAUUUUCACCAGUCCGGCCCGAAAAAACACCAGUUCGGCUAUUGCGCCGCUCUGAACAGGUGAAAAUGAGCUGGUGUUUUUUUUUUGCAGAGCUGGUAAAAAAGCCCAUCUGUAUUUCACCUGUUUAGUUUUUUUUUUUUUUUGCGUGUUCAGGAGGCGAAGCGGUACAUGGCGAGAUCGAGUCGUUCCUACAGCAGUUGCGCGCAACACCCAGUGGCGAGGCAGCUGGGACUCUUGUGCAUCAGUGGGAACAUCAGACCCAUCCAAGAGGUCCUGCAUCACGCCCCAAGAAAUAGCAUUCCCAAAGGUGUACAGAUGCUGCUGGCGUUAUCGUCGAGGAGGAGGAGGAGCAGUGCAGCUAUCGGUGGCGAGGCAGUUACUGCGGAUGUGACACAUAAUCCGAGCCGACACAGCCGCGAGUCUUACGUCGAUUCGAACAGGCUCGCCGGCCUUAUGAACUACCUCCCGCUGCGGGAAGCAUUCGGAGAGUUCUGCCAGAAAUCGCUCUGCAGCGAGAUUAGUCGAUGUGUGUCUUUUCGGUUCCUCCUGGAUGCUUCCAAGUUCAAAGGCGUGAUCGUCGAAGGCCCCGUCGACGGCGAUGCCAACGGCAGCGCCGAAGAGGAGAUCGAGGCACCAACACACACGAGCGGGUUGGGGGACGUGGUGGCCAUGGUGAACGAGUACAUCAAGGACGGCGCUCCCUCGGAAAUCAACAUCGGCAGCGACACCAAGCACGACAUCAUGGAGCUGGCCAAGGUCGAAGCCUUCGCCUCGCUUGACCAGGAUGCGCGAAAGCUGAUUUUCGUCAAGGCCGAGAGGGAGAUCAAGAUGAUCCUCGAAGACAAUAUCAUGGCCAGGUUCUUGGCGUCCGCACAGUACAAACGGGCUGUGGACGGUGACGACCAUGGACGUGUGUAA